UCGUAGUCUUCCUCUCGGGAUCGGGCCAGAAAGAACGUGGACUUCCAGCGACGACGAGCCCGAGAUGGCCUCGAGACCGAUCGUCCGUCUGCUAAUCGCCUGCGGCGUCCUCGCUGCGACUAUGUCGCUCAGUCAAAACAGCAGAUUUUCAAAUCAGCUGUUCGACAAUCGGCAAAAUCGCGCAUUUUCGAAUCAGCAGUUCAACAAUCAGCUGAAUCGCGGAUUUUCGAAUCAGCCGUUCGACAAUCAGCUGAAUCGCGGAUUUUCGAAUCAGCAACAAUUCUCGCCGAAACGUGGCUCGUCCGCGUCGUGUCCGGAGAGAAACAGUCGCUAUCCGGUGCAGAAUCAGUGCGAUGCUUACAUCGAGUGCAUCGAUGGAAUCCCCGAGGAGAAGCUGUGUCCCGAAGGUCUGUUUUUUAACCCUGAGGCGCGCUUCAACUAUCCCUGCGGAUAUCCGAUCGACAUAGACUGCACAGGCAGGCCGAAUUUGCAGCCGGCAAACCCGAGCAACGAUUGUCCUCAUCAGUACGGCUACUUCAAGAUCGGCGAUCAACGGAACUGCGGCCAGUUCAUGAACUGCGUGGACGGCAGGGGUUACGUAUUCGACUGUCCGGAGGGUCUGGCCUUCAAUCCGCAGAGCUAUCGGUGCGACUGGCCGGAUCAAGUGCCGGACUGCGACGCCGAGACUUUCCUCGGCUUCCGCUGCCCGGAGGUGAAGAGCGGUUUCUUCUUGGACUCCGGGAUUAAGUUUUAUCGCAGCCCCGCCGAUUGCCAUCAUUUUUACAUCUGCGUGAACGGUCGUCCAAGGCUGCAAAAUUGCGGCAUUGGAAAUGCCUUCAACGAGCUUAUCGACGCCUGCGACGCUGCGGAAAAUGUCACCGGCUGCGAACACGAAGCGAUAGCGAGAACCACUCCAUCUUACCAGCAGGCUAGGCUUUUUUAAAUUCCGACAGCAUUGAAGAAUGGAAAAAAUAACGACGCAAUAUUCCGAAAAAAAUAACGAUCAAGAAUUGCAAUAAACUUUGAUAUAUUUUCGACACGACAGAAUUGUGUGAUGCAAAUAGUAAUCCGUAUAAUGAUCUAAAAAUGCGUUGUGUUGAUUGAUGAAAUAAAAAUUCAAUUGCCAUAUGUGUGCGCUGAUGCUAUAAAUAAUGUAUAUACUAUUACUUACAAGUCGCCUUAAGAAUACAUAUUUAAUAUAGAACUGUAGAAGACUUUUAAUAAAUAAAAAUAUAAAAAUAAA